AUGCGAGAAAUGCUUGGGCCACUCGUUUGGGCGAUUAGAGGAUUUUAUCUUCUUAGCGGCAUCGCCAUCCUGACCGUGCGCUCGACCCCUUCGUUGAGAGACCGUUUCCUCGCAUACGGGGCCCGAGACCAUGCUUCAGACGAUGCAAGAACACGAGACACAAAGAAGCCACCUUUAGGGAUACAAUUGCUUGACUUCGUUGCAAGUCUCAAAGUGCCACACUCAUGGUUCACUCAUUUCUAUGUUGUCUCCGUGGUGUCAUCACUAUGUUGCAUGUACACUUUUGGUGACAGAAGGACGGAGGCAGUACUUGAGAUCCCCAGCUUUUGUUCGGCGUUGAUGCUCCUCCAGGGCUGUCGAAGACUGCUCGAAUGUGUGGUUUUGACUCGACCAGGCCAGUCCCGGAUGUGGAUCGGCCAUUAUGCGAUCGGCUUCGCCUUCUACGUGGUCACAAACAUUGCCAUCUGGGCUGAACAUCUUGGCUCGGCAAACACCACUCUACAUGGGCACGAGGGCUAUUGGCAGAGUCUGUGGGCUCCCAGAGUCCUCACGUGCACCCUGUUGUUCGUCUACGCGUCAUACAAGCAACAUAGUUACCAUGGCUAUCUGGCCCGCCUGAAGAAGUACACCCUGCCUGAUGUGGAGGCUUUCCGGUCCAUCGUUGCGCCGCACUACACCGCCGAAUGCGGGAUUUACCUGGCACUGGCAGUGCUUGGUGCACCUCAAGGACAUGGGAGGACCAGCUUCGUCAAUUGGACGCUCUUUUGCGCUCUGAUAUUCGUUGCAGUAAACCUGGGUGUCACCGCGGAUGGAACAAGGAGUUGGAUGAUGGACAAGUUCCCCGAAAGAAAGGAGGAUAUCCGGCGAAGAUGGCGCAUGAUUCCCGGGCUCUGGUAG